UGACGUCAUCUUUUAUUACAUAACACAUAAAUGAUAUCAUGCUUUUGAUCUAGUGGCGCCAUCUAUGUGGGAAUAAAAUAACUUUAAAUCUAUUUUAAUAUUUAAAUCUGUUUUAUUAUUAUUUAUUAAAUAUAAUUAAGGCUGAGGAUCGAACUCGCGCCAAUCAAAAAGCCUUCGUGGGUCAGUAGUUGGAUAUCAUAACCACUGACCCACGAAUGCUUGGUUAGAUAUGUGUUAAUAAGUUUAACUUUUGUAUUUUGAACACGUGUAUAAAUCACAAGGGUUUGAUAACGAUAUCAUCCUACAGUUUCAUCGAUAUAUUUUUCACUUAACCUUUUGACAGUUAUUAAAUAAUUAUUUCUGCCCCUCUUAAUGUUAUUAUAACUUUCUCUGGUUGGCAACGGUACUGAUCAUACACCUGUUUUGUGUGACGUGUUUUGUGUGAUAACACAACUACUGAUUACAGAGCGAGUCAUUCUGAUAAGGUAUAACAAGUUGGAUCUUGGUCUAUGACGUGUGUGUUGAAUUCAGUUCCUUUCACUUGCGCUGGUAAGUAGUUAAGCAUGUGACAGUUUCAUAUUUUUCUGAUUGGCUGUUAGAGUUAUAUUUCCUUUGUUGGCAACGAUUAAUACUGUGUUGAUUAUAAUUUCCCUAUCGUAUAUAACAAGUUCCUUUGCUCUGGCGUAUGUAGUUACUUCGUGAAAAUUGUUAAUAUUUAUUUCUUAAGUGGAGUUUUACAGUCUUUAGAUAGUUAUGGAAGCCAACUCUUCAUUAAAAAGAAAACACGAUGAAAUUCAAGAUGAACCAAAGAGGAAAGGUUUGUUCCAGGAGGGAAACUUUCCAGAGUAUUGCUAUCCAAUUGGUGAGGACUUAUUCGUUUUGGCCAGCACGUAUAACAAGAAAUCAGCCAUUCAUAUACGAAGGUUUAACAGAUAUGGAGACUCAUACUAUCCUUCAGGAUAUGGUAUAACUCUACAGCCUGAACAGUAUAAUACUUGCUUCUGUCAUGGUCCACCGACAUGUAUCUUCGGCAUUGCAGACAUCAACAUGGCUUUGGAAGAGAUCCCUCCAGCUAAUCCCCGUGAAAAAUUUUAUGUGCUGAUGAAUGACGAGGGAAAGUAUCUGCUAGUGGACGAAUAUACCUGCAGAAGUGGCCGCGUAUACAAGCACGAGACGGAAAUCAGUUUCAAACAGUGGAGAGAACUACAGAAGUGUCGAGAUAGUGUGACAUUCGGCUAUAUUAAUUUAAAAUACAGGUCCGUGGACUUUUUGAACAUUUUUCAAGAAUCCACCCAUCAACAGUGUCCAGUGGUGCCAAAGAAUUCAGACAUCAACGAAGCGGGUCCUGUUAUGAAAGAUUGCCUGAAAAUUGUGUUGUAUAAACAUAUUGGACUGAAGAAAGGUCUGAAGCCAGUAGACAGAUCUGCUGACUUUCUAGACCAGGUUGUGUGCAGUGUUCACGAUUUCAAUGAAUCUUGUUUGGACUUACAUGUGGAGAAUAUUGCUCUGGAUUUUAAUAAUGAACUAAGUGAACGAAGGUUGUUUAGACAACCCCUUAAAGACUUUUUGUGUGAAGGUUUUUUAAAAGAAAUCAAAUUAGAUACUUUAUUAACUGCUGCUAAAAAUGAUUUUUGCAAAUAAAAUAACUUAAGUUUUAAAAUAUUUUGUUGUUAUUUUUAUAUUUUGUAAAAAUUACUGUGAACUUUUGUUUUCAGAGGAAACGAGAU